AUGUCUCCUCUCACAUCUUUUAGGGCCAUGAGCCUGGGAGCUGCUCUCCUCACCAGCCACCUCGCCUCAGGCCAAACAACCACGCUCCCCCCGAGCCUGACAAACUGCACAACCAGCGAGACCAUCUGGCAGACGCCGAAAAACGUGAGCAUGGCCAUCUGCGACGGAACCGAUUUCAAGUACGGUGGCAAGUCUCUCCAGAUGGUCGAGGGCGUCUGCGGCACCAGGGCGUGCGUGGGACUCUGCAACGACAACGACAAGUGUGUCCGCGCCGUCUACGACAAGAAGAACUCGGUGUGCCACAUCAAGAACAACGACGAGGUUGCCGACAUGAUCUGGGCCGUCGACGCCGACUUUGACGCCAUCAUCAAACUCCGGGCCGACGGCACCUACCCCCCGCCGCCCUCGGGCAAGGCUCCCGCGGAGCAGCAGCCGGCCAAGCCGGCCAACGAGACCAUCACAGGCGACGCCAAGAAGGGCACGUGGUCCGACGUCAUCAAGCUGCCGCUGAUCCCGGUGGCGGCGUACGUCGUGCCGACCUUCCCGACCCCCGGCCGGCUCAUGUUCUUCUCGUCGUGGGGUGUGGACGCCUUUGGUGGCGCGUCGGGCCUGACGCAGUUCGGGUCCCUCGACCUCGCGUCGCUCCAGUCGACGCACCGCGAGAUCGCCAACACGCGCCACGACAUGUUCUGCCCGGGCAUCAGCCAGCUGGCCGACGGGCGCAUCCUGAUCCAGGGCGGCUCGGACGCGGAGGCGGUCAGCGCGUACGACCCCAAGACGGACUCGUUCACGCGCGAGUCGGACCUCAAGAUCGCGCGCGGCUACCAGUCGGCGGCGACGCUCUCCAACGGCGAGGUCUUCACCAUCGGCGGGGCGUACUCGGGCGAGCGGCGCGGCAAGGAGGGCGAGAUGUACGACCCGACGGCCAACGCGUGGGAGGUGCUCAAGGGCGCCGACGUCAAGCCCAUGCUGACGCAGGACCGGCAGGGCAUCUGGCGCGAGGACAACCACGCGUGGCUCUUUGCGUGGCGCAACGGCUCCGUGUUCCAGGCCGGCCCGUCCAAGACGCAGCACUGGUACGGCACCAAGGGCUACGGCGCCGUGGUGGCCGCCGGCACCCGCGACGACGCCAACGCCAUGUGCGGCAUCUUCGUCAUGUACGACGCCCUGCGCGGCAAGAUCCUGACCGCCGGCGGCGCCCCCGACUACACCGACAGCGACGCCAACAACCGCGCCCACAUCACCACCAUCGGCGAGCCCGGCGCCGCCGCGGCCGUCGAGCGCGUGCCCGACAUGGCCUUCAGCCGCGGCUUCGCCAACGCCGUCGUGCUGCCCGACGGCAAGGUCGUCGUGACGGGCGGCAUGAAGCGCGCCAUCGUCUUCAACGACAAGGACAGCGUCCUGGUGCCCGAGAUGUUCGACCCGGCCACCAAGACCUGGACCCAGCUGGCCGCCGCCCAGAAGCCGCGCAACUACCACUCCGUCUCCAUCCUGCUGCCCGACGCCACCGUCUUCGUCGGCGGCGGCGGCCUGUGCUACGUCGCCACCGUCAAGGGCUCCACCGCCCGCUGCGACAAGACCGUCGACCACGCCGACGGCGAGAUCCUGUCGCCCCCUUACCUGUUCAACGCCGACGGCAGCGCCUCCACGCGGCCCGUCAUCGGCGACCUGGACCGCACCGCCAUCCGCGCCGGCGACGCCCUCACCUUUGCCGUCUCCGGCAUCCAGGGCGCCGCCGCCGCCAGCUACAAGUUCUCGCUCGUGCGCAUGGGCUCCGUCACCCACUCCGUCAACACCGACCAGCGCCGCGUGCCGCUCGAGGACUUCUCCGUUGGUGCCGACGGCAAAUUCACCGUCCGCACCCCCGCCGACACCGGCGUCAUGAUCCCCGGCUUCUGGUACCUGUUCGCCAUCGCCCCCAACGGCACGCCCAGCGUCGCCAAGACGGUUCAGAUCGAGCUGGGCGAGGCCGAGUCGAGGCGCACUGCUGGACUUUGGGGUGCCUAG